UUCUUCCCAUAGUGCUGCCUGUGACUGUGAGUGUGAGUGAGUAUGGUGUGUGGAUAGAGAAGAAACCCCUUUGUGAUUCAUCGACUGAAAAUGCAAUCGCAUCUUCUGUUAGGAUCCAUCUCCGUCGCACAAUACGGCGGCGCCGCCGAUUCCAACCCCUUCUUCUCCGCCACGCUGCCGAGUCCUCCUCGCCGGCGGCCCUCACUCAUCACAGCAGCCUCAUCCUCAUCCUCCUCCUCCUCUUCCGCUGCUGCAAUCAACGCCGGCCUCAAUCAUUACACCGUGCUUGGCGUCGCCCACACCGCCACUGCCGUCGAGAUCAAACGUGCUUAUCGCCUCCUGGCUCGCAAGUAUCACCCUGAUGUUAGCAAGGAUUCAGGCGCAGCUGAAUUGUUCAAGAGCAUCCGUUAUGCGUAUGAAGUACUUUCGAAUGAAGCAACGAGAAUUCAGUAUGAUCGGGAACUUCAAUUGGGUCAAAAGCCUUACAGGGAAAAAUGGAGUUACAGCUACAGCCCUGAAUAUGAAGAUCAGGAAAGAAUCUAUAGGUGGGCCAACCUGAGGAAGAAAAGGCAGGGUGAAAGAGUUUGGGAGCAUUACAAUGCGGAUGAAAGCUACUACAGUGAAACAGAUGAGGAGGAAGAUGAAGAUGAAGAAAAUUUAGAAGAAGAGAGGGGCUCUUUUGUUGAAGUGCUUAGAUCAGCAUUCAUGUCACUGUUCUUGUUGCAGACGUUUGGAUCCCGCCUCUCCCUUAUGUUUAGCAGUUUGACAGCAUUGUUUGAUAAGAAAUUAGACUCCGGCUAUAAAAUUGGUUAUCUAAUAGCAUGGAUUUUGGGUGGAAGGGGUGGCAUAUUGCUAACAUUGUGCCUGUCGUUCGCAAGUUGGGUUUGCGGGAAAACAAGUAGUAGUGCAGUUGCCCUAGUUAUGGUAGCCAUGUGGGUUGGCUCCUACCUUGCAAGGUAUGCACCACUUCCCCAAGGUGCUCUGUUAACGCUUCUCUACAUGUCCAUUAAGCUACAAUCUGACCAUAUGUGAUAUAUAAAGAGACCAUGCCGCCACUACUAGCAUUUCUUCUGAAUUUGUACAUCUGACUUUGUUCUUUAUUAAGGUGAUUGUACAGUGAAUGAAAAUGAAUGUUGUAAGCUGUUUGCUGAUAAUUAAUGAAAGCAAAAACGGUUGUCUGCA